CGGUGGCUGCGGCAGCGGCGGCAUUUUAGUCGACAGCGGCGGCGGCAGCGGGGCCGCUGCUCCUCCCAGCAUCCCUGGCGCGGCCAUUUCAGCCCCAUCUUGGCCGAGGGGAGGGAGCUGCAGCCGCCGCUUCAGCAGUUUGAAUUUCAGUUUCUCCAGGGUCUGCGAACCGGGCGCACCGAGGAGGAGCCGAAAAAGCUACCACCGCUACCUCACACAGCCGGAGCGCUUCCGCUCGCCGGCCAGCCAGGCGGCUGCCGCCACCACCGCCGCCGCCCCUCACUCUUCUCAGGAGCCGCGAGGGGAGGCCGAGACCGCCGCCGCCCGCGGGGUGGCUCCCCCUGUAAGGGGAGGACCGAGCCGGCUUUCCCCUCCCCCGGAGCGGGUUUCCGCCAGAGACAGUCGACAUGUCCCUGGGGCUGAGCUCCGGCUAAAGCCGGGGAGGGGGCCGCCCGCCCGCGCCGAAGCUCCGCCGCCCGCCCGCGGGACCUUCAGCCAGCCCCAGCCCGCGGCUCCUGGCUGAAUCAGGAAUCCCCGGCGCCAGACUCGCCACUCCUUCCCCUUCUUCCCUCAGCGUCCGAGAGCCCAGAGCUGACGCCGGCACUGGCCUGAGGAGCCCGAGCGGGGCAGCACCGCCCCUCACGCCGCCGCCGCCGCCGCCACCACCACCACCUCCUCCUCCCCUUCGCCCUCCCACUCCCACCCCCAGCCAAGGCCUGCUGACCGCGCCGAGCGCCGAGCUAGACUGACCACGGCGGCCCCGGAGACGGGAGGAGGAAGCAGGCGGCCCGCCCCUGGGAUCGCGCUCGCGCUCGCGCCGCCGCUGAGGGGAUUGAAUUGAGGCGCCGCGGCUGCGGGAGGCGAAAAGGAAGGAGGAGCCGCCGCGCGAGUGCGACGGGGGCAGAGCCGUAGAGAUCGACUCAGAAGGAAACGGGGAGGAGGAUGUCUCACAGAGCGGCCAGCGUCCGGAUCAGCCAGUGACUCUUAACAGCGGCGGGCCUCAGACCCCAGCGCGGACUCGGACUUUGUCUUUGGGGGCCCCUGCUCUGCCCUUCCUGGUUUCCGGCAAGAUCGCAGAGGAGCCGGCGUGCCUCUCUGCCCUCCAGCCUUCCUCACCAUGUCCAAGAUGCCGGCCAAGAAGAAGAGCUGCUUCCAGAUCACUAGUGUCACCACGGCUCAGGUGGCCACUAGCAUCACCGAGGACACUGAGAGCCUGGACGACCCGGACGAGUCACGUACAGAGGACGUCUCCUCCGAAAUAUUCGACGUUUCUCGGGCCACGGAUUAUGGCCCUGAGGAGGUCUGCGAGCGCAGCUCCUCCGAAGAGACACUCAACAAUGUUGGGGAUGCAGAGACUCCCGGGACCGUCUCUCCAAACCUCCUCCUGGACGGGCAGCUGGCGGCCGCGGCGGCUGCUCCCACCAACGGAGGAGGAGCCCUUUCGGCCCGGAGCGUGGCUGGGGCGCUGGCCAGUACCCUGGCGGCGGCCGCCACCUCGGCCCCCUCUUCGGGGGCACCCGGCGCCCCCCCGGUCACGGGCUCGUCUGCCGGGCCAGGGACCGCAGCCCCAUCACAGCCCCCCACCACUUGUAGUUCCCGUUUUCGCGUGAUCAAGCUGGACCACGGGAGCGGGGAGCCCUACCGCCGCGGCCGAUGGACGUGUAUGGAAUACUAUGAGCGGGAUUCAGACAGCAGCGUCCUGACCAGGUCUGGGGAUUGCAUUAGGCACAGCAAUACUUUUGACCAGACUGCGGAGCGGGACAGCGGCCUGGGCGCCACCGGAGGGUCGGUGGUGGUGGUGGUGGCCUCCAUGCAGGGGGCGCACGGGCCCGACUCGGGAACUGACAGUUCCUUGACUGCUGUGUCACAGCUACCCCCGUCGGAGAAAAUGAGCCAGCCCGCCCCGGCCCAGCCGCAGAGUUUUGGCGUUGGGCAGCCACAGCCACCGCCGCCCGUAGGUGGGGCUGUGGUUCAAAGCGCGGCUCCAGUGCCGCCGUUCCCGGGAGCCGCGGCCGGGCCUCAGCAAAUGAUGGCAGCCCCGCAGCCAAGCCAGCCCCAGGGAACCGGCCCCGGCGUCCUCCCGCAGGGGCCCAAUGGACAGGGGCUGCCGCUGACGAAUGUAACCCUGACGCAGCCCGGCGUGCCCCUGCCGCAGCAGCCGGGCCCCGCCGUCGGCGCUCCUACGACGCAGCCGCCCCAGCCGUUCGCGUACCCUCAGCUACCGCCUGGGCAUUUGCUGCCAGUCCAGCCCGCGGGUCAGAGUGAGUACCUACAGCAGCACGUGGCCGGACUGCAGCCGCCAAGCCCCGCGCAGCCCUCGUCCACCGGCGCCGGAGCGAGCCUCGCCACGGCUGCCAGCCUUCCAGUGGGCACCGGCCCGAAUGCCUCCUCGGUGGGUGCGCAGAUAAUGGGCGUGUCUUCCUUGCCCAGUGAAGCCGUGGCCCCGGGGCCGGGACCCGCGCCAGGCGGACAGGCCGCGCCUGGUCAGCCGGCCGGAGUGCCCUUGGCUGCGGUGGGAUGCGCCGUGCCGCCGGGCCUGGUCCCCCCUGGGACCGGGCAGCCCCAGUCCGUGCCUCCGCCGCAGAUGGGUGGCAGUGGUGCGCCGUCAGCCGUGCCUGGCGGCCCCCACGCCGUGCUGCCCGGAGUUCCAAACGUGCCUGCAGCCGUGCCCGCUCCAAGCGUGCCUAGUGUGUCUACCACCUCUGUUACUAUGCCAAAUGUACCCGCGCCUCUGGUCCAGUCGCAGCAGCUGAGCAGCCAUACGCCAGUCAGCAGGAGCAGCAGCAUAAUCCAGCAUGUUGGGCUGCCCUUAGCGCAAGGCACACCCAGUGCACCAACAAGUCUACCACAGUCUGACCUAAGCCAGUUUCAGACUCAGACCCAACCUUUAGUCGGGCAUGUUGACGAUACUAGAAGAAAAUCAGAACCCCUACCUCAACCACCACUUUCUCUCAUUGCUGAAAAUAAGCCUGUUGUGAAGCCUCCUGUUGCAGAUGCCCUGGCAAACCCCCUUCAGUUAACACCUAUGAACAGUCUCGCCACCUCUGUAUUCAGCAUAGCUAUUCCUGUUGAUGGUGAUGAAGACAGGAAUCCUUCAACUGCUUUCUACCAAGCGUUCCAUUUGAACACGUUUCAGGAAUCAAAGAACCUCUGGGAUAGUGCAUCUGGGGGAGGUGGUGUAGCCAUUGACAACAAAAUAGAACAAGCAAUGGAUCUGGUGAAAAGCCAUUUGAUGUAUGCAGUAAGAGAAGAAGUGGAAGUUCUAAAGGAACAAAUAAAAGAAUUAGUUGAAAGAAACUCUUUACUUGAACGAGAAAAUGCACUGUUAAAAUCUCUUUCAAACAAUGAUCAGUUAUCCCAACUCCCAGCCCAACAGGCCAGUCCUGGUAGCACUUCUCAACAGCAAGCAGUGGUAGCACAGCCUCCGCAGCCAACGCAACCUCCACAGCAGCCGAAUGUCUCCUCAGCAUAAAGCUUUCUUGCCUCAUUAAGAAAAAAAACUGAAAGCAAUCUAUCCUUGUGUGCCACUGGUAUUCUUUCCACUUUAUACGAAAGCAAGUAGCCAUGCUUCGGUUGUGUGUUUGGCCUUUUCAGUAUUAGACAAUCAUUCUGCAGGAGCUUUUCCUCCCUUUGAGAUGUCAUGCAGCAUUGUUGAUGUCCAGUUUCAUGUCAUCAGUACACAAGGAGAAUAAUAGAUGGGGUUUAUUAAAGCAAGCAAAGUCUGCAUUUUACCUGGUGCGCAUGAGUGGGGUCUUUUAAGAGCUUUGGUGGCUCUCCCGUUUUUCCUAUGAUCCAUGGAUUUACCCUGAGCCUUCCUAUCACAUUAUAAAUAACCGUUCAUCUAAAGAGCCACUUUUCUUUCAAUAUCAGUAACAUUGGCCUACGUAAGUUUUCAUUUAUUUGUGUUUUAUUUAUUACAGGGCUGCUAUUUUCAUAAUGUACAUGAACAAUGUCACAGAACUUUCUUAAUUUUUUUGAAUAAUUAUAAGUAUCAGUAAAGGAUUUGAAAGACAGGAUUGCAUUUAAUAGAAACGUUUAGGCAAUAAUUGAACAAAAGAAUCCUGGCAUAUUUCUAACACUAAUGGCAAUUUACCUUCGGUAUUUAUUUUCAGUAGUAAAGACCCAGCUUGAAUGUAAAUUUUGUAUAGUGUAAGUAUGAAGAACAUAGUGCAGCUGUACAGGUAGUCACCAGUUAUUGUGAUAUAAUAAAUAAUUGGGCUAUUUUGAUGAAGAAAACUUUGUUCAUUUGUUUCUACUUUCUAAUAGAGAAAUUGCCACGAUUCCUCUGCUUUUUGACAUUUCGUAUGACUUUCUUUUUUCGGGUGGGAAUAAAAAGCUGUGAAAUUGUUCAACCUACUUUGUAACCAAAGAAGCAAAGCUGUGUAAUGGAGGUUUUUUUAUAAUGCACAUUCUUUAUGUAUUUUUAUUUAGUGUUUUCUCGGUCACAAUUUUCUUUGCUGUCUAGCAUGAUCUGCAUGACCUAUAAUCUUUGAACCACUUUCGUACCUCAUGUUUUUAUCCAGCACUCUUAUUGUAAUAUGUACUAGUCUGUGAACAAUGUCAAAUAAAAAAGAACGAACAGGUAGUAUGGUGGAGCUGAGCUAGUGUACUAUAUACACUAGUUGUAAAAAAAAAAAAAAAAAAAAAAAAAAUGAAGUGAGCCAUCUUUUGUUCAUUUAAAAUGGUGUUUUGAAUUUCGUAUGCAGAAAACGUUUUGUUACAUUGCAGAUUUUAAUGUAUUUAAUAAAUGCAACAUGCAGAUUAAGUGCAGUGUAUACUGAGUAUUUAAAUUAAAAUGUACAUUUCAUAAAUACAGUUUCAAGAGAAAGCAUCAUUUUGUGUAUACUAACACAUUAAGUGUAUGUCAGAAAUUGAUGUAUAAAUAUAUAUUUUAACACAUUUUCUGAAAUUAAACUGCAGUUUUGUUGAAAUAUUUGGCUCUAUAUGUGUUCAAAAUUUAAUUUGAUUAGAUAUGUAUUUUCACAGUUCAGAUAUUCCUUAAAUGAAAACCUGUGUUAUUAAUGACUUAAUGAUAGUUCUUAAAUUUUCAAAGUAAAAUAAUUUGAAGAAUGCAAGAAUGGUGAGCAAUAUUUGUACUCAAGAUUCAUAUUAUGUCAGUGACAUUUAAGUAAAAUCCUUGUCUACCAAAACUUUACUUGAAUUCAGAAAGGUGCCUGUAGAAAAUUAACAUGCUUUGUGUCUAUAGCCAGCUAGCUGAUCAGGAGUUAAUGAGAACCAAUAGUUAGCUCUCCGUGUUGUUAAAAGAGGAUAAAUAAGUGUUCUUUAUCUAUUUAAAAUUGAAACUUCAUUAGAUUUAGCCACAAACUAAAUGCAUAAAAAAUUGGGAGUGUAUGUGGGAUCACCAAAUAUUUUAUAUUCCAGUUGUGCCGGUAUAUUGAAUAUAAACAAUUUUAAUGUUAACGAAUAACAUUAGAAGUAACUAAGGAACUAAUGACAUAUGCUUGAAGAAGCAGUCCUAUAGUUGUGGAGUGAGAUUUUAAGUAGAGUCACCCACAGAUGAGUUAGAAAAUGAAACUUCCAUGUUGGAAUGCUAACCAGAAGGCUCACCGGGUAUGCCCCUCAAAUGCAAACAGUGUGAUAUUUUAUACUAUACAGGCAAAGAAAAACUAGUAUUAGGAAAGGUUGAGAUUUUUGUGAAAAUACAAAUUUUGGGUCUUGGGAUAGAAAAACACUUUAUAAAUACAAAGUAAUCAGAAAGGAAAUGAUUGAUACAUUAAUUUUAAAUGGUAAUUAAAAGCAAUUAUUACUACUUCUACAUUUUAAAAAAACCACCAGGACAGAAAAUAUGGGUAGUUCACAGAAGAAAUGGCAGUUUCUCAAGUUUCAGCUUCUAGUAACCUAAGAAAUGCAAAUUAAUAUUUAACAAAUUGUCAUUUGUCUUUUAAAUAGCAGGACCUAAUGUAGAAAAGGCAAGCUUUCUUAUGUACUUCUAGAAAGUAAUUUGGCAAUAUGUAUCAAGAGCCUUAAAUAUUAAUAAACUUUUCAGUUUAAUAAUACAAGACGAUAACUCAUGGUGCAGUGUUCAAAAAAUACAAAAUUACAGUAGUGCUUGUCCUUUGCUCUCCCAUCUCCCCUCCCUCUUCCCGGUGGAUCCCCCUCCCCAGUAUCUACUCCUGAAAACAGCUGUGAAAGGAAGCCUUUACAUCCAAACCUACUCUCCUGAGGCAUGCCCCCACUCCAAAGUCAGGGACAGACUUAAAGGUGGGAAAGCUUAUUGUUUUUCAGAAUCAGAUUCACUGUUUUGGGAACAAUAUCAGACAUUCUCCCAAGUGAUUAGUUUGUUUAGGAACGUAAGUAAAUACCAGUUUGACCUCAGGAGAUUUAAGGUCUCUUUCUCCACAUAAUUGGAAUAUUUAUUGAGAUGCCAAUUUGGGGGCACAGUCUUACAGGAAUGCCAUCUAUAAUUUUCUCAGUGUAAUGCCCAUAGACCAAGGUGCCACAUAAGUUUUCUGUUGGUUUAGCCAACCAGAAAAUCACAAGUGAAAAUUUCACAAGUGAAAAUUUUGUUUCUGAUAAUGGCAAUGUGUCUGCAAUACAAACCUAACUUUCCCCAAAGAAAAUUUAUUUUUGGUAGUUAAUGAUGUGAUUUUACAGCUUGCUAUGCCCCCUCCCAAAAAAGGAUUAUGAGAUACUCAGUAUGCAGUUACUUUAGCUGUAUGUUGAAAAUAACUGGGUAUUUCCAAUUCUGUUACAUUCUGAGUUAAGUAGAAGUAUUAAGACAGAAUGCUUUACCAUCAAGUCCCCAGAGAUGGGUAAUCAUAACUGCUUUUAUUCACAAAGAAUUGUCACAGGUCGGAGACUGAUGUUUCUCCAAGUUCCAAACUCCAGUCACUCCUAGACCUUUUUAAAAAGAGCGAGGGGAAGUCCUUAGAAUUAGAGUAACAAAAAUACCUGUUCUUCAUGGGAAUUUAUCUCUGUAGAACCAGAAAUAAAAUAUCAGUUGAUUUGGGGGGAAUAAACUUUUAAGUCACGAGUUGUUUUUUUAUUUUAAAAAAAGGAGGCUCAGUGGCAGGCACUUUGUGACAUGACUCAAUUCUCUUCAAUAAUUUUGUUAAGAGGACAAAGCCCAGCUCUAAAGAUUCACAGUUUGAGGUCAAACACAAACCAACAUGUACAAUGCAAUAAUAAAAACAGUCAAGGAUGGUUUUGUCAAGGAAGGUUCCCUCAAAGAGGUGACACCUGAUAAGAAAAAAGUGCUCAAAAGCUUAGAGGAGAGCAUAAACAAAGCUCUUUGGAUAGUCACAGAAUUGUUUCCCAGGAGACAGACAUGCAGGCUGACUCAUCCACCUUAGUAGGUUGGCAUCUAGAGCAAAAAUAAUUUAUUGAAUGAUUUUAGGCAGUGGGAUUGUAAUCAGAUAAGCAUUUUAGAAAAAUAAAUCAUUCUAGUUAUCAAUGAUGGGCAGUAGAUUGGUGAGCUGAAACUGGAAGUGGAGAAAUAAUUUAGGAGAGAAUAAUCCAGAAAUGAUGAAUAAGCAAAAUUACAAAAUGAUAAAUAGGCAGAUUUGUAAUGCUCAUUAGGAAGUUUUUCUUGGAUCUUUCUACACCAUUCCCAACAUCAGGUGCCUAUUUUUUCUGCUUCCAAAGAAAGAUCUGAGAACCCCAAGUCUUAAAAUGUUUUAGUCAAAACUUUUCCUUCCAAUAGGCAUAUACCUCUACAAAAUGGAAGUCUUUGUUUAGAGGAAUUUCACGAAUUUAGCAAAAGGGUAAGGGGAAUGGAGGAGCCCUGGCUAUCACAUUUAUGCCUCUAUAAAUUCGGCCCUAUAGGUCAACCAAAUUUAGUCCUUUUAUGGUGACUAGGAUUAGAGUGGCCCAGAAGCAUGAGUCCAAAGCCUGUCUUUCAGGGCUAUCCCUCCCCAAAAAGAACAAUACGGGUUCUGGCCCCAUUGCAGAUACUGAAACCCAAGUCAAAAGAGGUUUUGCUGGCUUCAACUUUUCUUCAUUCUUUGACACAGUUCAAUUCAGGAAGGCUUCUUUCUUCCCCGUAAGUCCGCUGCCUAAGCAAAACAACCUUUUCUCCCACCUCCUCCUGCCUCAAACCUAGUAACUCAUGUUUCUAUUUUCUAGCAAUACUAAUGAUUUAUUGUGUAGUGACGGAUAUUUGCUCCCUAUUUACCCCCUUUCAGCAUUCUAGGAUGCAUCCCUGUUACAUGUAUUUCUAUGCCAAGUCGCAGAAUUUCUAUAGCAAGAUCUGUCCUUUGAAUGUAUGUAUUCCUUUGUCAGUGGAGAAUAUUACUGUCCAAGUGCUAUUUAAUGAUUUCCUUAGUGGGCUACAAUUGGUAUAACAUGCUAUGUUCACAGGUGAAAAUUGCUAAGUGAGGCACUAUACAAAGCAAGUUAAGGUCAUAGACCUCUUUUUUUAAAAUAAAAAAACAAUCAUCAUAAAUAAAAGUGAGACAGUCUUUCAGGAUUGGUAACAGGAAAGUAUGAAGUCGGUAUUUUGCACUGACACAGUCUACUUGGUCAUAAAAUUUGUUCAACAUACUUAGUGAGUUAGCUUUAUUUUUUCUUCUCCUAACCAGGGAAACUGAUAGAUUAGGCAAUUUUGAGAAUUUUCCCAUGAUCUGAUGUCAUGGAUUGAGCUAUAAAACAGAGCAUCUAAAUUUAUGGACUAACACUGCCCACAGAAGCCAAAGUUAUCCCUUUGAAAGAGGGAAGGAAAAGGUGUGCUUAGAUCAUAAAAAUAACUGAAUUUUAAAACAAGGCAAAUGCCACACUUCUACUUCCCCUCCCAAAAAAAGUUUUUACCUUUUCAUCUUUCUAUAUAACAACUGUAAAGUAUUCUUGCCCACCGCAAUCCAACUGUUUUCCAGAUCACAGUUCUUAUCAUCAUUUCACAGGCAAGCAACGCAUCUAUAGAUAGAUCAUACCUGAGGACGUCAUGGACAGCAAGGGAAUAUUUUUUCCCACACUUGGCAUGAAAUAAUAUCAGGUGCUGCACCCUGUGCUAGAUGUUUGGGGAUAGAAAGAUAAGUGGAACACGAUUUGUGCACUCCAGGAGCUAUCAUCCAAUGUAAAAGAAAACUGAAGUGCCAUUGUUUAUUCGAAGUGUAUGUCUUAGUUUGUGGACCUCAUAUAAUCUGUUGAAUGGAAGGUUCAUGUAAAUCAACAGUAAUACUCCCAUGCCACAUGAAACCCUUUGACAUUGCCAGGAAACAACUUUAAAUCACCAAAAAGCUUUUACAUCAAACAAUACUUUUAGAAAGAGGGGACUUGGUGAAAAGCUUCCUAUCUCUACAUUGAGCCUGUGAGUUGUCCCCUAAAAGAAGUUUACACAUUUUUUUAAUACUCUAAGUUUGUAGAUAAUGGAACUGAUUUAAAUCAAACUUAACUAGAAUAGAAUUUGUGUGUCAUGAGUUAUAUUAUCUAUUGUCUCAUAAGCAACACACUCAUUAUCUUGGCUGACAAAAUCAGCUACCAUUCAAUGAACCAAGUUAAGAAUAACUCAGGUGCCUGAUGCCAAAAAUAAAUCUGAUAGAGCUGAGAAUCCAGAAACAAUUAUUAUUCAGUAAAGGAUAAAAGUAACAUUUCAAAUCAGUAAGGGAAGAAUGGAUUAUUAAUAAAUAGUAUUGGGAUGACAUAACCAUUUGGGAAAACGAAUUUAGAUCUCUAGCUCACAAAAACUAAUUCCAGCUAGACAAGCAGUAAGUCUUAUGCUUUUUGGUUACAUAUCCCUUAGAAACCUCCCUGUGAAAAUGCAGGUAAGCAAAAAGUUUUACAAGAUUAUGAAGAGAUGCCCAACCUCAGCAAAAUAAAGGAAAUGCACAUUAAAAAAUAAGAAACUAUCUCAAAUCCAAUUGGCAAAUACUUAAAAUAUAUGUAAAUCACAAGGCUGCAAGGGUCUGGAAAAACAGGAAUCCUACAUUGCUAGUAAAUGUAUAAAUUGGCACAGCUACCUUUAAAGGCAGUCGAAUGAUAUCCAUUAAAAUUUAAAAUUCACAUGCCCUGUCACCCAACAUUUCCAGUUUUUAAUGAAACACACUUUUCAUACUUGUGUUCACAGGGUGGCUUGUACAAUUGUACCUUUGUAAUAGAAUAAAA